GCAUCGAUCGGCGGCGAAGCACGUGCACGAGGGAAGCGGGAAUACUUUGAAAAAUCGUUUCAACGCGGCGUCGUUUGCGAAUUUUUCUCGCUGAAAAAGUGAAGCGUGAAGAAAAUUUGAAAAACUAAUGUUUUAGAAGCUUGCGGAGAGACAAACAAAUUUGAAGCUCCGAAGGUAUUUGGGAGGAACUCGGAAAAAUGAAAUUUGGAGAAAUUUUAAUGCGGAGUCUGAGAAUAAUCGGGGAAAAAGAAAAUUGAGGAAAAAAUCGAGAAUCGCCAGAUAAAUUUGUCUCACGAGCACAAAGGGUUGGAGACUCUGAAGUCGAGUUCAAGAGUGAAGAUCUGUUUUCAAGGUUUCCGAAUCGUGGGCUGGCCCAAAGGAAGAUUUCACGGGGGUCGUUUGGCGAGCGUUCGGACGGAGAAGUUUUAUGAGAAUUCGUAACAAGUUGGCGAGCGUUUGUGAAAGACGGAAACGAAUCGUCGAUAAUGAAUUUUAGGUAAUUAAGGUCGAACUGAGGACCAAUCCUUGGAGCUGUUAGAACUGCAUAUGUAUACGGGAAGUGGAACGUGCGGAGGGGUCGAGGGGCGAGAAAAGUUUGCUCACGAUAUUGGCUUCCGGCCAGCGAGGAUCGGCAUUUUCGUACCAAAUUAUUUCUGCCUCUGUGUGUACGUGUGUUUUCCUCUGCGGGGCUAGAAAUUCGUGACUUUGUCGCGUACUCUCGACUCGUAGUUGUGGAAUCGACGAGUGCUUUAAUUGCAUUGACGUGGCGUUACGUGCAAGGAAAAUAAAAAAUAAAUAACGAAAGAAAUGGCAUCAGUGGGCCUUUUUGGGUGAGAGUUUCGAGUGUGUGGCAGUGACACACUAAAAUCCUUUAAUGCGAUCGAGGCUGAGGGUAAAAAUAAACGCUGUGCGAGAGACCUAGUUUACCGGAUCGAUCCUUCCGGAAGGAUUUCAAAGUUUUUUCUCUUCCGCAACGAGAGAGAUUAAAAAAUAGGGAGAAAAAGCGGCAUUGCGCGAUUCGAAUGCUUUGCCGCGCGUCGAGAAUAUUCACCUGAGCCCAAGUGAGUGAAGCUCAUCAAACUUCGUUCAUUUAUCGAGGGCUUCUCGAGUCGGAAAAACUAAUUUUACGACCCGCCUGACGAUCCGAUCAUUUUUCCACUAAUUCGCGAGAAAAUUCGGCGCUUUUGUAAAUGCUAAGCUACAAAUUCAAUUGGAGCGCUUCUUUGCCACAAUUCAAGCGAUUUUCAACGUACAAUUAUGAGAUAAAUGCGAGAUUCACGAUGUUGACAAUGAAGAAACGUUCCGAGCCAGUCCCAAGUGAAUUAUGAACUGUGGACGUGCUCGCGAGAGCGAGAAAACGAGAAUCGAUCCGUGCCUCUCGUUCGCCUUUCAAGGGAAUAAACCUCCCGACCGAGCCAGAUUCUAUCAAACCUUUCGUCACUGAAUUCAAACUCGUUCUAUUGAGAAGAAGGGCAGAAAAGGGAAGCAAAACGAAGAAAUCGGAGGUAAAAAUGUCGGUCGAGGUCGGAGCUGGUCGGCCAACGAUGCCGACGAUUCCACACUCCAAAAGGCCUACGAUAUUCGUCUAUCCUACUGUAUCUCCCGAGAGUAUAAUAGUGCCGAUCGUAUCGUGCAUUUUGGGAUUUCCAUUGUUAGCCCUGCUCGUAAUAUGCUGCCUGAGGAGGAGAGCGAAAUUAGCGAGGGAGCGAGCGAGAAGAAGAAAUUGCGAUCUCGACCACGGAGCCCUCAGCCUCGUACGCUUCAGCCCGGUACAUCGUUUGGCUGGUUUCGAGAGAUCGACGAGAGCAGUUUCCUUGCGAAGCGAGAAAGCAUCACGAGCUUUGCCCUCCUUAGAGCUGGACACUGUCGUCGAGGAACGUUCUGAUCCCGAACAAAGCACGGCGCUCGAGCUCAGUAGUCCAGACUAGCAUUUAGCCCCGGUGCCAUCGAGGUCACCGAGAGGUUCCAAGACUUUGGUGGUGCCGCCCCCUGUAGAUCACAGUCCAUUAUGGACCGCACUGACCCAGGGGAACACGACGACGAAUAUCCUCGGAGACACCUAGCAGGAGGUCGAGGGUGGAGGCUUCAUCGGAGCUCUCGUCCUCGAUUUGCCGAUAAUAUACUGACCCGAGGAGAGUUCUUGCGAUUGAACAACUUCGUCUUCGCCCUCAAUAUUGCUUUUUCUUCUCCUUAAGAAGGUUGAAGCGUAUCUUAUGUUAAAACUAUUUUCCAACUUUGCACAUAAAAAUUUUUAAAACAGAAAGCUUAAGACAGU